AUGACCUGUCAAGUUACUCUUCCAGGUAUUGUUCCCUUUAUCUACACUGCAGUCUACGCUUCAAACUUCAUAAUGGAGAGGAUUGAUUUGUGGGUUGAGCUCUUGCAAGUCUUUCAGACAUUUGAUCUCCACCUACAACCGUGGAUUGUGGGAGGCGAUUUUAAUGAGAUCAUGCAUCCCUCGGAACACUCCCUCAUCGAAGUAGGCAUUACUACUCUGCAGAUGCAAGAGUUCAAGGACUGUUUGCAGCAGCUAGAGGUAUUCGACCUGAGAUUUCAAGGUCCUCUCUUCACAUGGAGUAAUCACUGUCCUGAGAGCCCUAUAGCCAAGAAACUGGACCGCCUGCUCGUCAACCCCAAUGUCAUCUCCAUAUUUCCUAACUGCUCAGCCACUUUCCACCCUACCCUUUUCUCAGACCAUAGCCCUUGCAUCCUUGACCUAGCUCACCACCUGCCUCUUGCUGGAACUAAGCCAUUCCGAUUCUAUAACUACCUCAUCCGUCACCCCUCUUAUCACCAAUUGGUACUUGAGACAUGGAGUCAAGCCGGAGAUCUGGCCCUGAACCUCACAAAACUGAGCUGGAAGCAAAAGAGUGUUAAGGGAGUGUUAAAACAACUAAACCGAGAGAAUUUUUCAAAUAUUCAGGUGAGGGUUUUAGAAGCUAACAGUUUGUUACAAUCUGCGCAGGUACAAGCUCUAACUGAUCCCUCCACUGUUAAUUUCCUAGAAGAAAGGCGCCUCCAUGAGAGCUGGGUCUUCCUUCGUGGCAUAGAAGAGAGCUAUUUUCGACAAAAGUCAAGGAUCAACUGGCUGCUUGAAGGAGACCAGAACACUACCUUCUUCUUUAGGAUUUUCCAAACUCGGUGUAGCUAUAACUCCAUUAGAUCCUCCGCUCUGGCCUCGGGGAUCAUCAUCACGGACCCUCGCAUGAUGAGUCUGCACGCUAUCACUCACUUCCGUAAUAUACUGGGACCUGAUAUGGUAGUUGUUCCUCCAGUUUACUCAUCUCCGGCUUGGUUUGGGUUGUUAACAUCUUUCACUCCCAGUGACGCUCAAAUCACCUCCAUGAUUGCGAUUCCAUCUGCGGAGGAAAUAACUUCGCUACUCUUCAAACUGAACCCCAACAAGGCGCCUGGUCCUGAUGGUCUCACCUCAGCUUUCUACAAAUCUUCCUGGAGCUUUCUUGGACAGGAAGUUAUAGCAGCAACAACCCACUUCUUCCACCACUCUUUUAUGCCCUCUUCUACCAACUCAACUAUCCUCUCUCUCGCUCAAAAGUUCCCUGGUGCUUCUCUUAUUUCAGAAUAUAGACCUAUCAGUUGCCUCAACACCCUCUACAAACCGGUCACAAGGCUCCUGGUGCGACGACUGAAGCCAAUUCUCCCAACUUUGAUUGUCCCUAAUCAAACAGCUUUUGUCAAGGGCAGACUAAUAGUGGAGAACACAACACUGGCAGGGGAAUUGGUAAAUGGUUACCAUCGCAGACAGGGCCCCAAAAGAAUCACUAUCAAGGUGGACAUAGCGAAAGCCUUCGAUACCAUCUCCUGGGAAUUACUUUUCAACUGUCUACAAGGACUUUAG